AUGGCAGCAGCAAACUCUACUCCACCUGGCUCUUUGGAUCUAAACCAGCCUGGAUUUGCAAAGGAGAUCCUGGGAACUAAACUGGAGGUCAAAUACCUCUGCUCCGAUUGCAAGAAUAUAUUGAGGAGGCCGUUUCAAGCUCAGUGCGGACAUCGCUACUGUUCCUAUUGUCUGAAGAAAAUUAUAAGUGCUGGACCUCAAAAGUGUGCCAGCUGUAUUCAGGAAGGAAUAUACGAAGAAGGAAUUUCUAUUUUGGAAACAAGCUCAGCUUUCCCGGACAACGCAGCUCGUCGGGAGGUGGAAAGUCUGCCUGCUGUCUGUAUUAACAGUGGCUGCACUUGGAAGGGGACUAUUAAAGAAUAUGAGAGCUGCCAUGAAGGGAACUGCCUGUUCCUGCUGGAUGAGUGCUAGGGGUGUAGCGGGAUGAUCCCGCGGAAUGGGAAGGAGCCCCACUCUGAGCAGGAGUGCCCUGAGAGACACCUCCACUGCAAAUACUGCAAAUCACUUUUCUGCUUUCCUGAUACUGAGGCUCAUGAUGAAGUCUGCCCUGAAUUUCCACUGACUUGCGAAGGCUGUGGGAAGAAGAUUCCAAGGGAGAAGUUUCGGGACCAUGUGAAGACUUGCGGCAGAUCUAAAGUGCCUUGCAGAUUUGAGGUUGUCGGGUGUGCUGCGGUGGUGGAGAAUGAAAAGCUGCCAGAACACGAAAGCAAGUGCUUGGCAGAGCAUCUCUACAUGCUGCUGAGUUUUGUGCUCAGCCUCAAGGCUGGGUCUGGAGACCAGCUGUCCAGGUCCCUGGAGCUCUUGGGAAGAUGUGAAGCCCUUGAGAGGAAAACAGUGACCUUUGAGAACAUUGUCUGUGUGCUCAAUCGGGAGGUGGAAAGAGGGUCCCAACCAGCCGAAGCCUACAGUCGGCAACAUCGACUAGACCAGGAGAAAAUCGAAACGCUGAGUAACAAGGUCCGGCAGCUGGAAAGGAGCAUUGGGCUCAAAGAUCUGGCCAUGGCUGAGAUGGAGGAAAAGAUCCGGAACAUGGAAGCUUCCACCUACGAUGGUGUUUUCAUCUGGAAGAUAACAGAAUUUGCCAGGAAGCGUCAGGAGGCGAUAACAGGCCGCUCUCCUGCGAUCUUCUCUCCAGCUUUCUACACAAGCAAGUACGGCUACAAGAUGUGUCUGCGUGUUUACCUGAAUGGGGACGGCACUGGGCGUGGGACCCAUCUGUCCCUGUUCUUUGUGGUGAUGAAAGGACCCAACGACGCGCUUCUGCGGUGGCCCUUCAACCAGAAGGUGACCCUGAUGCUUCUGGAUCAGAACAACCGGGAGCACAUCAUCGAUGCCUUCCGACCCGACGUGACAUCCUCCUCCUUCCAGCGACCCAUCACGGAAAUGAACAUUGCCAGCGGCUGCCCGCUGUUCUGCCCCGUCUCCGUAAUGGAAGCAAAGAACUCCUACGUGCGUGAUGAUGCCAUCUUUAUUAAAGCCAUCGUUGAUCUCACGGGCCUCUAA